AUGACUGCUCCGAUAAACGUUUUGUCGUCCAGAAGGACAGUUUUACUAGCAGUAUUGGCUAAGCACGAACAAUUUUUGGCAGAAUUUGGUCCGGAACGGGAUGCAAUCGAAAUCAACAUUCGCAUUGCAAAGGUCCAGAAGCUUUCCGUUGAUUUGGAAGCAAUUCAGGCCAAAUUGGAAGAUGCGGCCACCGAGGAAGUGAUAAGUCACAAUGCCGCGUUACGAGACGAUUUUGGCUCGCGUUUAAUACGCCUUGAAGCCCAUUUGAAGGCUAAACGGGUGCACGCUCCGCGAUCCGCAAGCACAACACCAAACACUAACCCGUUGGCAGGGAUAAAGCUUCCCACCAUCUCACUUCCUGAGUUCGAUGGUGAUUACAUGCAAUGGCUCACGUAUAGGGACACUUUUGAGGGAUUAAUUCACGAAAACAUGGAACUACCACCGAUACAAAAGUUUCAUUAUUUACGAGCUUCCGUGAAAGGCGAGGCCGCAAAGGUGAUCGAAGCAAUCACGAUCAGCGCAGCCAAUUACGAGCUAGCAUGGCAAAUGCUCACCGAACGAUACUCGAAUGAGUAUUUGUUAAAGAAACGGCAUCUUCAAGCACUUUUUGGUAUGGCCACCGUUAAGAAGGAGAGUGCAUCAACCCUUCACCAUCUUGUGGACGAGUUCGAACGUCACAAGAAAACGCUCAAUCAUCUAGAUAGUGCCUCCCAGCCAGAUUUGAUGAGUAGCCGUUUUGCUAACCGGCUAGGUAUCAAAUCGGGCACGGUCGAUAUCACGCUGAUUGGUGCUGGUCAAUCGUCCACCCCGGUGCGGAAAUCGAUGCGCACCACGGUAUCAUCCAGAGCGAGCCCUUAUGCGAUUAACGUUGAGUUUUUGAUAGUCGAGAAGCUUAUUGCUGACCUGCCCGCACAUGAUGUGCCCACCAGCGGCUGGAAAUUACCGCCACAUAUCAUAUUCGCCGACCCCCAUUUCGAGAAGUCGGCACCGAUCGACAUUAUUCUCGGUGCCCGGCACUAUCACACGUUCUUUGUAAGCGGGGCGCAAUAUAAAAUGUCAUCGAAUCUCCCAGUCCUGAUGGAGAGCGUAUUUGGAUGGGUCGUUAGUGGAUCAGCAUCUACCUCUCAGCCAGCAACAUCCAAUACUUUUCACACUUCAUCCGUGGUGUGUAUGGUUUCACUAGAAGAAUCAAUAGAGUGUUUCUGGAAAGUAGAAGAACUACAGGUUAACGAUGGCUAUUCUCCUGAGGAUCGCAAAUGUGAGCAAUUUUACAAGGAUACAACACAGCGAGAUGAAGCUGGUCGUUAUAUGGUAUGCUUACCUAAACAAGCAGACUUCGAUGUUAAGCUUGGCCUUUCGAAGGCAGCAGCAUUAAGGCGGUUUAGUUUGUUAGAAAGGAGGUUAGAACGAGAUCCAAACGUAAAAGCGGCUUACCAUGAUUUCAUGCGUGAGUAUCUGGAGCUUGGGCACAUGUCACGCAUAAAAAAUCCCUCCGACGACGAACGCGCGUAUUAUCUGCCUCACCAUCCCGUGUUCAAAGCCGCUAGCUCCACAACAAAGGUUCGCGUGGUAUUUGAUGGUUCAGCUAAGACGUCCACCGGCUUUUCGCUAAACGAGGCGUUAUGCGUCGGCCCUGUCGUGCAGGACGAUCUGCUCGACAUAAUUUUGCGCUUCCGCACAUAUAAGGUAGCCGUUGUUGGAGAUAUUGCGAAAAUGUAUCGACAAGUAUUGCUCCAUCCUAACGACCGGAAAUUUGUACGCAUUUGCUUUCGAUUUUCGCCUCACUCGCCAAUCGAUUAUUUUGAGCUGAAUACGGUUACUUAUGGCUUAGCCCCCUCAUCAUUCUUGGCAACCAGAACAUUGCUGCAGCUUGCAAAUGAUGAGGGCGCCUCUUGUCCCAAUGCUGCAGCUGCUUUGAAAACUAACUUCUACGUUGACGAUUUCAUCGGUGGUGCUGAUUCCAUCGGAAAUGCUCGCCAGUUGCGAAUCGAGCUUUCUCAAUUGCUCGCCAAAGGCGGCUUCGAGCUGCGAAAGUGGACAUCCAAUCAGCUCGAGGUGCUCGCCGGUUUAAAUGCGGAUCAAAUCGGCACACAGUCAGCGCGGCAAUUCUUACCACACGAGACGGUAAAGGCUCUUGGUGUUUCAUGGGAGCCAGAGCAUGACGUUUUAUCCUUCGAAUCCGCAAUAUCCAGUGAUGUGUCCAUUCCGACAAAGCGAUCCAUUCUAUCCAACGUAGCUCGCAUGUUCGAUCCGCUGGGCCUGAUCUCCCCGAUUGUCAUUCGGGCCAAGAUGAUGAUGCAGGAAUUAUGGUUGCAGAAAGCUGGUUGGGACGAGUAUGUUCCAGAUACUAUCUGUAAGAAAUGGAAAACAAUACAAGAGGAUUGGCAACUCAUCUCUAAAUUCAAGGUUAGUCGUUAUGCGCUUCUACCUGGUGCGCGUAUUCAGCUACAUACCUACUGUGAUGCAUCGGAGGCAGCAUAUGGAGCCUGCAUUUAUGCGCGUUGUGAAGGCGAAGGUGGGCAGAUUCGCAUAACGUUGCUUUCUUCCAAAUCGCGUGUGGCACCGCUCAAGCGCGUCACACUACCCCGCCUUGAACUAUGCGCUGCUGUAUUAGGAGCACACCUGCAUCACCGAGUAAAGAAGGCGAUGGGGAUCAACGUUGCAGAAUCUUUCUUUUGGUCGGAUUCCACCAUCACCUUAACCUGGAUCAGCGCCACACCCAACACAUGGGCAACGUUUGUGGCUAACAGGGUAUCUGAAGUGCAGCAUUACUCACACCCGCGGCAGUGGAGACAUGUACCCGGCGCGUCUAAUCCUGCUGACCUGGUUUCACGAGGCAUGUCAGCCGCUGAUUUCCUGAAAAGCAAACUGUGGAGCUUCGGUCCGGAUUGGCUAUCUUUGCCCGCUUCCAUCUGGCCCAACUCUAACCCGGAACCAGCCAACGAAACGAAUCUAGAGAUUCGCCAGCUGCAUUACACAGAUUCACAGCACGACGCGGUUUACCGGCACACAUACAUUCGGACAACGAGAAAAACUUCGAAGGCGCGGCGAGGGAGCUUCACGAGCUGUUCGAAAUGUUUCGCGAUGAACAGCAGCUACAUCUAA